AUGCAUGCCACUCGAUCUAGAUCUUCCUCCAUUGCUGUCCACCGGCGUCGAAGACUUUCCCCCAGCCAUACCAUCCUGGGUCCACCGCUUAAUGGGGACAUCAUGCCUUCUACGGAGCCGGAAUGGGGUACGACACUUGGUUUAUACUUUGCACUAGGCGACGCGAUUCCCCAACUUAAAGGCUUUGACUCUACAUUGAGUCGUUUCGGUCACAAACGUUCCAUCGACGUUCAGAGCGGUUUUGGUGCCAACGCUGAUGGCGACGACCUUUACAAGGCAAAGGUCAUAGUAGGAACUCGCAAAUUUUACAUUGCUGGUACCUAUGACCAGUCUUCUUCCAAUACCAACGCAUGCCUCAGCUCUUGUGGCUGCACGGAGAUGUUCAAAGGCGACGUCGCGAUCUUUUUCUAUUCUAUCCAUGCACCCGAACGAUUUUUGCACUCCAUCCCACGUUAUCAGACCAUCCAGGCUAGGGAUGAGGUCAUUCGACGGGCUCUUACAGCGUUCUCGAAGAACGUCCGGGAGCACGUUGAAAAAGGGACCACCCUCAAGCAUAUCCUCAGGGGUUAG